AUGUUUAAGAACGGAAUUGGUAUGUCUAAAAGAUCGCUGGCCAGUGUGGCUGCCGAGCAGCUGCUUCCAAAGAAGUACGGUGGCCGCUACACCGUUACUUUGAUUCCAGGAGACGGUGUGGGUAAGGAAGUUACCGACUCUGUAGUGUCGAUUUUCGACGCCGAAAACGUUCCAGUGGACUGGGAGUCCGUGGAGAUCUCCGGGUUGGAAAACCAAGAAGGUGUACAAAAGGCCGUGGAUUCGCUAAAGAGAAACAAGAUCGGUCUUAAAGGUAUCUGGCACACACCCGUGGACCAAUCCGGCUUCGGCUCGCUAAAUGUUGCUCUCCGCAAGCAGUUGGAUAUUUUUGCCAAUGUUGCUUUGUUCAAGAGUGUUCCAGGCGUCCAGACCCGUCACUCCAACGUUGAUCUAGUUGUUAUCAGAGAAAACACCGAGGGUGAAUACUCUGGUUUGGAGCACGAGUCCGUCCCAGGUGUUGUUGAAUCCCUAAAGAUCAUGACCAAGACCAAAUCCGAGAGAAUCGGUCGUUUCGCUUUUGAUUUUGCCGUCAAGAACAACAGAAAGUCCGUCUGUGCCGUUCACAAAGCCAACAUCAUGAAGUUGGGUGACGGUUUGUUCAGAAACUGCAUCAACGAAGUCGGUGCCAAAGAAUACCCAGAGAUCGACGUUAAGAACAUCAUUGUCGACAACGCCUCUAUGCAAGCCGCUGCCAAGCCACAACAAUUCGACGUGCUUGUCACUCCAAACUUGUACGGUUCCAUUUUGGGUAACAUUGGUGCUGCUUUGAUCGGUGGCCCAGGUCUUGUCCCAGGUGCCAACUUUGGUAGAGAAUACGCUGUUUUCGAACCUGGUUCCAGACACGUUGGUUUGGACAUCAAGGGCCAAAACCUAGCUAACCCUACUGCCAUGAUCUUGUCCUCCACCCUCAUGUUGAGACACCUCGGUUUGAACGCCUACGCCGACAGAAUUUCCAAGGCUACUUACGAUGUCAUUGCCGAAGGUAAGACCACUACUCAAGACAUCGGUGGUUCUUCUUCUACUACUGACUUCACCAAUGCCAUUAUUGAAAAAUUGAAGGCUUUGUAA